AUGGCGUCCCUGAACGUCCGUCUAAAACUUCACCAUUGCCAUCCUUUCAACAUUGUUCUCGUCCUCGUCCUCCUCCAUCUCUCCCCUUGCCACGCUUUCUGGCGCCACCUUUGCUUUGGAGAGUUGGGCACUGCACGUGUCGAUCCCAUCAGAUCUCCUGGCUCUCCUUCCCAGCAUGCACAUGUUCUCUUCGGCGCUUCUAAUAUUGGACUGGAUCCAUCGAUCGAAGACCUCCUGAAAUCAAAUUGUACCAGCUGCUCCAUCCUUCAAGACAAGUCCAACUACUGGGUUCCACGUUUGUAUUUUGAACAUGCCAAUGGCACCUUCCAGCAGGUCGCUACGUCGGGCGGAAUGACUGUCUAUUAUUUCACCGAGGGUCAAAAUACUACCGCAUUCCCAAUCAAUUUCCGCAUGAUCACGGGCGAUUCAACGAAGAGAACCUUUUACGGAUCCCAGCCCCCCCACCCCAUGGCUGAGUGGGAUCAAUUCGACAAGACACAACCUGCAAUCAUGGAGAAAGCCAUCGGGUUCAACUGCCUGCAUUAUGGAAAAUCUGCCAACGAAGGUGCGUUAGAACACCAAGGUUUGCGAGACAAGGCAUUUAUCGAUGCAAACUGUCCCGAUGGAAUUCGAGCCGAACUCAUGUUUCCUUCAUGUUGGGAUGGGGUGAACCUUGACAGUGACUCUCAUUCAAGCCAUGUGGCAUAUCCUGAUGCAAUGAAGUAUGGCACUUGUCCAGACGGCUAUCCUGUUCGUCUACCCACGCUUUUCUACGAAACCAUCUAUGCCGUUGCCGAUUACAAAGGCUGCGAGGGCCAAUUUGUCUUUGCAAAUGGCGACCCCACUGGUUAUGGCUAUCACGGAGAUUUCAUAUGUGGCUGGGACGAUGGUAUCCUACAAGCGGCUAUAGACAGCCCUGACUGCACCAAAACCUUGGAAAAUGCUGGAAAUGGGCUCCAAGAAGAUUGCCCUAUCUUCCACUUGCAAAACAGCUAUAAUGCUACCCAGUGCAAGAUGGAAACUCCUGAAAUUCUCGAGAACGAGGGGGUCAAUCUGGUCAACCGUCUGCCCGGUAAUGUCCAGGUUCAGGCUGGACCUGAACCGGCAACGAUUCGUCCUUCAGAUGCCCCUGCCUCAGCAUCGAGUGUUGUCACGGCUGCGUCAGAAAGCCUCGAUUUAUCCUCUGGCUAUGCGACUACUACCGGGCCCGCUUUAGCCACGAAUGAACCUAUCUCGCCAGGUGCAAACUUCCACACUACCACCAGUGUCUACACCAAAGAUGGCGUGGAAGUCCACAUGAUCUUGGUACAAGAGGUGUUGACGGUCACUGCAAGCGAACCUGCGCCAGCAGCCUCAUAUCAUAAGCGGCAUCACCAUCACAAUGGCCGCCAAGGACGACAUGGUCAGUUUUGA